AUGCGAAGAACAGUCGACCAGUGUCCUGCCGACAUUGUUUUAGCACCAUCAGAGUGCCUCUUGACUGACCUCGAGUACGCCGACGAUGUUGUUAUAUUCGCGGAAAGCAGUAAGAAACUUCAACAUGUUGUCAACCUUGUAUCGAAGCUGGCUGCAGCCUAUGGACUACAUCUAUGCCCUGAUAGAUGCAAGCAGAUGUGGAUCUCUUCGAGGCCUCAAACGGGAAUCAGGGUGGACGGACAGCCGAUAGAACUCGUCGAUGAGUUCUGUAACCUGGACUGUAUGCUGAAGAACAACGGCAGCUACGAGAGAGAUGUUCAGCAAAGAUGCGCUAAGGCCAUAAGGCCACUUCUGCAUUUAACUCCUUAA